AUGUCUACUUUAAACAACGUCGAAAAUAACGGCGAGUCAAGCAAUUCAAAACGAUCCUCUCUCGCAGAUUCUGAUAGAGUGAAUCAAGCUAUGCUUUAUGAAGCAAUAGAUAAGGUUUUAAAUAAUUUAAAAAAUUAUUAUCCGUAUUCUUCACCUUUUCAAAAAAAGGUAAAUCAAAAAGAAGCACCGGAUUAUAAUGAAGUUAUAAAGAAUCCUAUGGAUCUCGGAACUAUCGCUAAAAAAUUAAAAAAUCGUUCUUACAACAGUAAAGAGGAAUUUGCAAACGAUCUUUAUUUAAUUUAUACAAAUUGUAUCACCUAUAAUACACAUCCAGACAAUAUCUUUCGAAAGUACGCCAUAGCCAUGAAAGAAAAGAUGGAUGAACUGCUUGAAGCUGUUCCGGAUGUUAAAAUUCAAACCCUUGCAGAAUAUAAAGCAAGUUUGAAACAAGAUUAUGGAGAAUUAUUUAAGGUGGAAAAAAAAUCUCCAUCAUUAGACCAACAUACUGAAAGUGCCUCGAGCGCUUCUUUGCAAGUAGAAGAUGAACCACCGGGUAAUGAUGUUGUAAUAGAAGAUGCUCAAAUAGCAGAUACGACUGGGCACUCUCAAGCGUCCCAAGAGAAUUCAUCAGAUGAUGAUGAAAAGGAAGCAGACCGUGAGGUUCAAGAAAUGCUGAAAAACAUAAGACUGGUCCCUACGUUACCAUUAUGGGAUCCUGAACUAGAUAAUCCAAAUCGAGAUAAAUUUUUUAAUUCAGACUAUGAUCCAAGCGCCGAUCUGCCGACUCUUGAUCAAUAUCCCCAACUUCAAUUCACUAAACAAGGUACUAGUGCGAUGAUCGAGAAAAAUAUUGAAACUCUUAAGCAAUCCCGUAUUCUUCAUGCCAAACUUGUGUCUGCGAGGCAUAAUAUUCCGUUGAGUCAUCUUGGUAUUUCAGAAAAGUCUCUAGAAGAAACGCCAAUAAUUAAUUCUACAAUUGACCAAAAGGAUCUGCCGCCCCUUAUCUUGAAUAAAGAAACCGGUUUUGCUUGUAUGCAACGCGUUGUUUCUAGGUUGUGUCAACACGCAGGAUUUGAAGCAACUUCUAGUAGGGCUUUGACCAUUUUAACUGAAGUUGCUCAAGAUUACUUCUUGAAUUUGAGUAAAACUUUACGCGCAUAUAUGGAUGAUUAUAGUAAGAAGAUGACUCCCGAGGAAAUGAUCAAUCACACGUUGUAUGAAAAUGGUGUUUCAUCCGUAAAGAAUCUUGAGUCAUAUAUUCAUGAUGAUAUUCAACGCUAUGGCACGAAACUACAAGAUAUUAAGCGCCGAUUGGAGCAACCUGAAGAAAUCGUAGAUGACAUCCCUGAUAAUGAUGAUGCAUUUUUGACGGGUGUGUUCGGCGGAGAAUUACAAGAUGAUUUCUUCGGAUUCAAAGAACUAGGUUUAGGUCCUUUACAGGUUCCUCCACAAUUAAUUCUCGGAUCGAAAAGGAUAAAACCUUUACCUAAAAAAGCCUCAGAACAAAAUGAACGAAAAUUACCUCGUCAUGUUCCACCACCACCAUGGGCACCAAUAACCGAUCCAGAAAGUCAGAUUGGUUUGCUAAGAGACUUUUUCCGUAACAAAAAAAAUGACUCUAUGAACGACCAAAUAAUUGAGGAUGAAAAUCUUCCUGCUAAACACCGCAACCAAAGGCCUCGUGUGCCUCCUACUGGUAAAAUUCCUCCACAACCUCGAAGGCAGCUGCAAAAGUCCAGCGCACAAUCUGCUGCAGCUCUUGCAGAAAAAAAGAAGAAGAAAGAACGAGAUGCAGCAAUUGCAAAAGAAAAGGAAAGAAUUAAACUUCUUAAAGUGGAAGAACGUGAAAGAAAAAAAGCUGAAAAGAAUGAACAAAAGCGACAGAAACAAUUAGAAAAAGAAGCUGCAAAAAAGGCAGAGGCGGAGGCUAAAGAGGCUCGGAAAGCAGAAAUAGAGCAUCAAAAGCGGCGUGCUCAAGAGGCUAAAGAAGCAAAGAAAUUAGAGCAAGAGGCUCAAAAGAAAUCGGACUCAGGAGUAAAAAAAGCAGAACCUAAAAAGAAAAAAUCAACCAACUCUAAGACCGGAAAGUUGACAUCGCCACAAGCUGAGAUUAGUUCGUCUGCAGCAUCAUCGACAACUUCAAAAAAGGUUCAUUAUAUAGAUAGUAUUGACUCAGAGAUGGUGCCACUUGGACAACUAAAAAAACAGCGUAGAACAGAAGUCACAGGCUCCAAACCAACUAACCGUCCCUCUCCAACGGCGAAAAAGAGAGUUCCACAUAGCUAA